AUGGCGUCUUCAUCAGCUGAGCCGCAGCCGCCGGCCUUCAACUACGUGUUGGGCUUUCUCAUGGUCGGACUGGCGUGGGGAUUCACGACCCCCUUCAUCCGCCGCGCCGCCCGGGACCACAACCCGCCUGCGCGCCCGAUCCUGGAGAGGGACGAUGUCAAAGCGAGCUGGCUCAAGAGCAAAGUGUACGGCGCUUUCUUUGCGGUACUGGACCUGCUGAGGAACCCGAGAUAUGCCGUCCCGCUCCUCAUCAACUUGACCGGGAGCAUCUGGUUCUUCCUGCUCAUCGGACAGGCCGAGCUGAGCUUGACCGUCCCGAUUGUGAACACGCUGGCGUUCCUCUUCACAGUACUGGGCGAUUGGUGGGUUGAGAAGAAAGUUAUUGAUCGAAUUAUCAAGGAGAACCUCGGAUGGUGA